AUGAAUGAUGGACGGGAAGCAGAUGGAGAGGAUGCAGCUAUCACCCUGCAGCUCUGCCUUGAUGAGAGUCUCCCUGCCGAGUUUCCUCCACUGCACGGUGACAAGACCUCACGGGGCGGCCCUGGGGGAAGGAGACCUGAAGCCCUUGAGAGCUGGAAGGGGCUGAGCAGAAGGAAUAAUGACCACGAUGUCCAAAGACAUUCUGGGCCGUCUCAGACCUGCCUCGGAGGUUUGGAGAAGCAGGAAUCAGCACGUAGUGAGCACGUGCUGUGUGGCAAGCACUCGGUGGACAUUGUCAAGUGCACACAUUCUGCCACACUCCCUGGAGCCAUGGAGGAGGCCUGGCUCCGCUCCUGCUAG